AUGUCGCUGCUAUCCCCUUCCUACUCCAGCACGCACAGCCAUUCAUCACCACCAAUUCCCGACCUGAUCGACUCUCUCAUGACCCAUCGCAUCAGAACACUCAACGAGCUCGUCCGCAUAGAAAGAAUCGCCGCAUUCUGCAAAUCAGAGUCCGAUGCCCGCGCCUUUCAAGUGCCAAUGACGGCCGCUUGGGCCAACUAUGUGGACAGUCAUCAACUUCUCGUCGACCUCCACGGGCUAACACCCAACUUCCCAUUUAGUGGCGAGAUUAUCACGACCUCAUAUGUCCGUGUCAUUAAUGAUCCUCUAAGCAACCGCAGCUGGAACUUGGCAUGGCUAUGUCUUACCAAGAUCAAAGAGGAUGGGCUUAUACCGUUUUUCGCAACUAUUGAAUCGGCCAAGCCUGAGAUGUGGGGAGAUAAGACGCCGACGAAAGAGGAAAUAGAUCAGUUAGCUAUGUUUUUUGAGAUGGAGUGGUCAACAGCAGUUGAGACCAUGUUCAGACACUGGCCAGUGCCUCCAACUUGGUGCUGA